GUUUUGAUGGACAUCUGGCUUUAUUCUUGCAAUGAAGAAAGGUCCUCAACAAAGAUUAUUCUCCAGAACAAAGAUACCACCAUCAGCUCACUCUCCUAGUCCAUCGUCUCUUAUGUCCAAUAUGAGAUCUAGGUCUCUUUCACCUUUAAGUGGGCCAGAGACUCCUUCUUUUAAUUCCGAAGGACAGUGGUGUAAGCAAGUUGAGAUUACAGAAGAAGACAAUAUGCCUUUAGAUUGCCAAGACCAUAAAGGAGCUGAUUCACAUGCAGGAGUCCGAUAUAUUACUGAGGCCCUUGUUAAAAAACUUACUAAACAGGACAACUUGGCCUUGGUAAAAUCUCUGAACCUUUCACUUUCUAAAGAUGGAGGCAAGAAAUUUAAGUAUAUCGAAAAUUUGGAAAAAUGUGUUCGACUUGAAGUACUGAAUCUCAGCUAUAAUCUCAUAGGAAAGAUUGAGAAGAUGGAUAAACUACUAAAAUUACGUGAACUCAAUUUAUCAUAUAACAAAAUCAGCAAAAUUGAAGGCAUAGAAAAUAUGUGUCAUCUGCAAAAGCUAAACCUUGCAGGAAAUGAGAUUGAACAUAUUCCAGUAUGGUUAGGGAAGAAGUUAAAAUCUUUGCGGGUCCUCAAUCUGAAAGGCAACAAGGUAUCAUCGCUGCAGAAUGUAAGCAAGUUGAAACCACUUCAAGAUUUAACAUCUCUGAUCCUGCUUGAAAAUCCGAUUGUGGCUCUUCCUCAUUACCAGCACUUUAUCAUUUUUCACCUCCGCUCGCUGGAAAGCUUAGAAGGUCACCCAGUAACCACUCAGGACAGACAGGAGGCUUUUGAGAGAUUCAGUUUAGAAGAGGUAGAAAGACUAGAAAGAGAUUUGGAAAAGAAGGUGAUGGAAACUGAGGAGCUGAAGAACAAACAAUCAAGGUUCCUUGAGGAAAUUAAAAAUCAAGAUAAACUGAACAAAUCAUUAAAAGAGGAGGCCAUGUUACAGAAACAGAACUAUGACGAGCUAGAGAGUGACCUAAACACAAAGAAUGAAUUGCUAAAACAGAAGACUGUGGAACUAACACGAGCUUGUCAGAAACAGUAUGAACUGGAGCAGGAAUUGGCCUUUUAUAAAAUUGAUGCUAAAUUUGAGCCACUGAAUUAUUACCCAUCAGAGUAUGUUGAAGUUGAUAAAGCCCCAGAUGAAAGCCCUUACAUUGGCAAAUCCAGAUACAAGAGAAAUAUGUUCACCACAGAGAGUUCCAUUAUUGAUAAUGCCCAGCCAGCACAGAUCAGGAAGAUGGAGCCAGAUGAAGGGGAGCGACUUAGAAAUGAGCAAGUUAACUUGAAAGCGCAGGCGCCACUGGACGUGCUGGAGGACAAAGGAAAAAAAAUAAGUGCAGCGCAAACUCGACUAUCAGAACUGCAUCAUGAAAUAGAAAAGGCAGAACAACAAAUUUUAAGAGCUACUGAAGAAUAUAAACAACUGGAAGAAGCUAUACAACUAAAAAAAAUUUCAGAAGCAGAGAAGGACCUUCUUUUCAAGCAGUUGAGUGAUAGGAUACAACUUCUAAAUAAAUUACGCCAGGAAGCUUUGGAUCUAGAACUACAGAUGGAAAAGCAAAGACAAGAAAUUGCUGAAAAGCAGAAGGAGAUCAAGGACCUACAAAUAGUCAUAGAUAGCCUGGAUUCCAAAGACCCAAAACAUUCCCAUAUGACAGCUCAGAAAAGGGGUAAGGAACAACAGCUUGACAUUAUGAACAAACAUUAUAAACAACUUGAAGGCCGUUUGGAUGAGAUACUUUCUAGAAUUGCUAAGGAAACGGAAGAAAUUAAAGACCUUGAGCAACAGCUUACUGAAGGCCAGAUAGCUGCAAAUGAAGCGCUGAAGAGGGAUUUGGAAGGAGUUAUCAGUGGUUUGCAAGAAUACCUGGGGAACGUCAAAGGCCAGGCAACACAGGCCCAGAAUGAGUGCAAGAAGCUACAGAAUGAGAAAGAAGCACUGCUGCAGAGAUUGACUGAAGUCGAGCAGGAACGAAACCAACUGGAAAUAGUGGCCAUGGAUGCAGAAAGCAUGAGGAAGGAGCUUGCAGAUCUAGAAACCGCCCUCCAGGAGCAGCAUGAGUUGAAUGUAUCUCUGCAGCAGGCCCAGGGAGAUCUCAGUGCCUAUGAGGCUGAGCUGGAGGCUCAACUAAGAAUGAAGGAUGCUGAAACCAGCCAGCUCAAGGAAGAGUUGGAAAGACUCACAAGGCUUAGCCAGUUAGAACAAUCAGCCCUGCAAGCAGAACUUGAGAAGGAAAGGCAAGCCCUUGAGAAUGCCCUUGGAAAAGCCCAGUUCUCAGAAGAAAAGGAGCAAGAAAACAGUGAACUCUGCACACAACUUAAACAGCUACAGGAAGACAAUAACCUGUUAAAACAGCAGCUUAAAGAUUUCCAGAAUCACCUUAGUCAUGUGGUUAACAAUUUAAUUCGUCCAGAAGAAGUAGCAGCUCGUGUGGAUGAGCUGAGGAGAAAGCUGAAGUUAGGAGCUGGGGAAACGAGAAUUGACGGACCUUCGGAUGUCUUAGGGAAAAGCCUUGCCAAUUUACAAAAACAGUUUAGUGAAAUUCUUGCACACUCCCAAUGGGAAAGAGAGGAAGCACAAGUUAGAGAGAGAAAACUCCAAGAAGAAAUGGCUCUGCAACAAGAGAAACUGGCAACCGGACAAGAAGAGUUUAGGCAGGCCUGUGAGAGAGCCCUUGAAGCAAGAAUUAAUUUUGAUAAGAGGCAACAUGAAGCAAGAAUCCAGCAAUUGGAAAAUGAAAUUCACUAUUUGCAAGAAAAUCUAAAAAGUAUGGAGGAAAUCCAAGGCCUUACAGAUCUCCAACUUCAGGAAGCUGAUGAAGAGAAGGAGAGAAUUCUGGCCCAACUUCAACAGUUAGAGAAAAAGAAGAAACUCGAAGAUGCCAGAUCCCAGGAGCAGUUUCUUGGUUUGGAUAAAGAAUUGAAGACACUAAAGAAAGCUGUGGCUGCCUCUGAUAAGCUAGCCAUAGCUGAGCUCACCAUUGCCAAAGACCAGGUUAAGUCCCUUCAUGGGACUGUUCAGAAAAUUAACCAGGAGCGAGCUGAAGAGUUGCAGGAAACUGAGAGGUUCAGCAGAAAGGCAAUGCGUGCGGCCAGGGAUCUGACCCGUGCAGAAGCAGAGAUCGAACUCCUGCAGAAUCUUCUCAGGGAUAAAGAGGAUCUGUUUCUAAUGGCAAUGGGGAAGGCAGACGCAGGCACCUUAGCAAACUCACAGGUGCUGGAGAUCAGUAAACUCAAUGAGACAAUGGAGAGACAAAGGACAGAGAUUGCAAGGCUACGGAAUUUAUUAGACCUCACUGGGACCGAUAACAAAGGAGGCUUUGAAAAUGUUUUGGAAGAAAUUGCUGAACUCCGUCGUGAAGUUUCUCAUCAGAAUGAUUACAUCAGCAGCAUAGCAGAUCCUUUCAAGAGACGAGGCUACUGGUACUUUAUGCCACCACCACCACCAUCAUCAAAAGUUUCCAGCCAUAGUUCCCAGGCCACCAAGGACUCUGGUGUUGGCUUAACGUACGCAGCCUCAACUCCUAUUAGAAAACCACACCCUGGGCAGCAGGAUGGGAAGGAAGGCAGUGGACCUCUACCUGCUUCAGGAUACUGGGUUUAUUCUCCCAUCAGAAGUGGGUUAUAUAAAUCUUUUUCACAUAAAGAUGAGGACAGUGGAGGAGAUAGCCAGGAAGAGAGUGACCUGGAAGACCGAGAGGAACCCCCAUUUGUGCCUCCACCUGGAUACAUGAUGUAUACUGUCUUUCCGGAUGGUUCUCCUGUGCCCCAGGGCAUGGCCCUAUAUGCACCACCUCCUCCCUUGCCUAACAAUAGCCAACCUCUCACACCUGGAGCGGUUGUUUAUGGACCUCCUCCUGCUGGGGCCCCCAUUGUGUAUGGGCCUCCACCCCCCAACUUCUCGGUCCCCCUCAUCCCCAUGGGUGUGCUGCAUUGCAACGUCCCAGAACACCAUAACUUAGAGAAUGAAGUUUCUAGACUAGAAGAAAUAAUACAGCAUUUGAAAUCAAAGAGACGGGAAGAACGGUGGAUGAGAGUGUCUAAGCGGCAGUCUGAAAGAGAAAUGCAGGAGUUGCAUCAUAGUAUUGAUGGUCUUUUGCAAGAGAAGAAAGAUUUAGAGCAUGAAGUAGAAGAAUUACAUAGAGUGGUCCAAAAACAUCAACAGCGAAAGGAUUUCAUUGAUGGAAAUGUUGAGAGUCUUAUUACUGAACUAGAAAUAGAAAAAUCACUCAAACACCACGAAGAUAUUGUAGAUGAAAUUGAAUGCCUUGAAAAGACCCUUCUGAAACGUCGUGCAGAGCUCAGGGAAGCUGACCGACUCCUCGCAGAGGCUGAGAGUGAACUUUCACGCACCAAAGAGAAAACAAAAAAUGCUGUUGAGAAGUUCACUGAUGCCAAGCAAAAUUUAUUGCAAACUGAGUCAGAUGCUGAAGAGUUAGAAAGGAGGGCUCAGGAAACUGCAAUUAACCUUGUGAAAGCCAAUCAGCAGCUAAGAUUGCUCCAGGCUGAUGCAAAGGACUUAGAGCAGCAGAAAACCAAGCAAGAAGAAAUCUUGAAAGAAAUAAACAAAGUUGUAGCAGCAAAAGAUUCAGACUUCCAGUGUUUAAACAAAAAGAAGGAAAAACUGACAGAAGAGCUUCAGAAACUGCAAAAAGCCAUUGAGACGACAGAACGCAGUGAGGAUCGCCAUCUGCAGGUCCUUCAAGAAUCCGAGACCCUCCUUCAGGCCAAAAGAGUAGAGCUAGAAAAGUUGAAGACCCAGAUGACAAGUCAGCAGCAAGAGAUGGCCGUCUUGGACAGGCAGUUAGCGCAUAAAAAGGAAGAGCUGCAUCUACUCCAAGGAAGCCUGGUCCAGGCAAAGGCUGACCUCCAGGAAGCUCUGAGACUGGGAGAGAGUGAAGUAGCUGAGAAGUGCAGUCACAUUAGGGAAGUAAAAUCUCUUCUGGAAGAACUGAGUUUUCAGAAAGGAGAACUGAAUGUCCAGAUUAGUGAAAAAAAAACUCAACUUGCACUUAUAAAGCAGGAAAUUGGAAAAGAGGAAGAAAAUCUUCAGGUAGUUUUAGGGCAAAUGUUUAAACAUAAAACUGAACUAAAGAAUAUUCUAGACAUGAUACAACUUGAAAACAAUGAGCUACAAGGCUUGAAGCUACAGCAUAACCAAAAGGUGUCUGAGCUGGAGAAGAUGCAGGUUGAAGUGCUCCAGGAGAAACUGGAGUUAGAGAAUUUGCAGCAGACAGCCCAGCGACAGAAAGGGGAGAUAGAGUGGCAGAAGCAGCUCCUUGAGAAGGACAAACGGGAAAUAGAGCGAAUGACUGCCGAGACGCGAGCAUUACAAGUGUGUAUUGAGUCUUUGAGCAAAGAGAAGGAAGAUCUCGAAGAGACAUGUGACAGGUGGGAAAAGAAGUUGACCCAGACCACAAGAGUUUUUACAACUACAGAAGAGAACAGCAAAAUGGAGCAAUCAAACUUAGAAAAGUUGGAAUUGUAUGUCAAAAAACUGCAGCAAGAACUAGACCAGCUAAAUAGAGACAAGCUCUCACUACAUAAAGACAUUUCAGUAAUGCAGCAACAGCUACAAGAAAAACGAGAAGAAGUGAACACACUACAGGAAGAACUAGCUCGUGUCCAAGACCAUUUGAACCUAGCAGAACAGGAUCUGCUUCACACCACCAACCAGCGGGACAUGCAGCUCAGUGAGCAGAGCAGGCUCCAGAGGGACAUCAGUGAGCAGAAGAAGCAGCUUGAAGACUGGCAGAAAGAAGGGGCAACAAAACAGCACCAACUUCAAGUGCUUCAGAAUGAGAUUGAAGAGAACAAGCUCAAGCUAGUCCAACAGGAAACGAUGUUUCAGAAACUCCAGAAGGAGAAGGAAAGUGAAGAAGAAAAAUUAGAAGCCAGUAAAGUGACACUGAAGGAGCAGCAGCAGCAGCUGCAAAAGGAAGUAACGGAGCAGAAAAGCAAACUGGGACAGGUGCUUGCAGAGGUGUCGGUGGUGGAGGAGCGCGUCAGGACCCUGAAGGAAGAGGAGAAGUGGACUGAAACCCUGGAGAAGACGCUCUCCCAGACCAAGCAGCAGCUUUCAGAACGGGAGCAGGAAUUAAUGGAAAAGUCACGUGAGCUUCUCGCUCUCCAGAAGGAGAUGGCCUCUAUGAGGGCAGACUGCAGCCUCCUUCAGAACCAGUUCUUGACAGAGAGAAAGAAAGCUGAGAAGCAGAUCACCACCCUAAAGGAAGCCCUUAAGACCCAGCGGAGCCAGCUGGAGAAAAACCUUCUCGAGCAAAAGCAGGAGAACAGCUGCAUGCAGAAGGAAAUGGCGACCAUCGAGCAGGUGGCCCAGGACAAUCACGAGCGGGCUAGGCGCCUGAUGAAAGAGCUUGUCCAGAUGCAGCAUGAGUACAUGGAGCUCAAGAGACAGAUGGCAAGCCAAAAAGAUUUGGAGAGAAGACAAAUGGAAAUCAGUGAAGCAAUGAGGACACUUAAAUCUGAGGUGAAAGAUGAAAUUAGAAUGAGCCUUAAGAAUCUCAACCAGUGUCUUCCAGAACUGCCAGCAGAGCUGGAAGCUAUUUUUGAAAGAAAUGAAAACUUAGGAGAGUUGGAAAGCUUGAAAGAGAACUUUCCAUUCACCUUGAGUGAAACACCAUCACUCUUUGAAGAGAAACUGAACUUUUCCCAAGUUCACAUAAUGGAUGAACAGUGGCGUGGGGAAGCACUCCGAGAGAAACUGCGUCAUCGUGAAGAUCGACUCAAGGCUCAACUUCGACGCUGCAUGUCCAAACAAGCAGAAGUGUUAAUUAAAGGAAAGCAGCAGACAGAAGGCACUUUGCACAGUUUGAGGAGACAAGUUGAUGCUUUAGGGGAAUUGGUCACCAGCACCUCUGCAGAUUCAACUUCCUUGUCGCCCAGUCAGUCUCAGCUGGAGUCUUCUCUUGCUGAAGACUUUCAACUUGGACAAAACCAGGAAAAGAAUGGCUCAGCUGUAUGUGGAAUACUGUCUUGCAUAAAUACAUGA